GUCAGCGCGGCUGCUGUCAGUCAGACAAAGACAGUCAGUCAGUCAGUCAGGGCGAGUCUUCCUCACAACAUCACAUAAAAUAUCAUCUUCAUCGCCUGACAGAGCGCAUUAAAUGAUCUGCUGCGCUGAGAUUUUGUGUAUUUUCCUCAUUCCAGAAUGUCUCACUACACAGAUGAGCCACGCUUCACCAUCGAGCAGAUCGACCUGCUGCAGAGACUGCGGCGUACAGGUAUGACCAAACCCGAGAUCGUGCACGCGCUGGACACCCUGGAGCGACUCGACCGCGAGCACGGGGACAAAUUUGGCCGGCGUGGCCCGUCGGACUCCAAUGCCACCAACAGCACCACCUCCAGCACUACACCCACCUCAAAUAACACUAGCAACGCCACCGUGGCAACCUCCUCCACCACUUCCACAGCAACACAAACACAGUUCCAUGGUAAUUUAUCGCCGUCGCCCAGCAACAGUUACGCCACGUCUCCACCCACCGUCUUACCCUCACCGGUUUCUCUGGUCGCCAUGGCGCAGAAUGGGCGGGACGCUUUGGCGGCGACGCCUAAUGGGAAGCUGUCGCCAAACCGGUACCCAGUGAACAGUGCGGCGGCCGUGAGAUCGUAUGGGCUGGAGGGGUCAGAGGAGGACCUGGAUAUAGACGACAAGGUGGAGGAGCUCAUGAGGCGGGACAGCACCCUGGUGAAGGAAGAAAUCAAAGCCUUUCUGGGCAACAGACGCAUCUCACAGGCCGUGGUGGCUCAGGUCACAGGCAUCAGUCAGAGCAGAAUCUCUCACUGGCUCCUCCAGCAGGGCUCAGAUCUCAGCGAACAGAAGAAACGAGCUUUCUAUCGCUGGUACCAGCUGGAGAAGACUACGCCAGGUGCCACAUUAAAUAUGCGGCCCACCCCUGUAUCUCUGGAUGAGAUGGAGUGGCGUCAGACUCCGCCCCCCAUAAGCUCCGCCCCUGGAAGCUUCCGUCUGCGCAGAGGCAGUCGAUUCACCUGGAGGAAGGAAUGUCUUGCUGUGAUGGAGAGCUAUUUCAGUGAUAAUCAAUAUCCAGAUGAAGCCAAACGAGAGGAAAUCGCCAACGCCUGCAACGCUGUUAUUCAGAAACCAGGAAAGAAGCUGUCUGACUUGGAAAGAGUCACAUCAUUGAAAGUCUACAACUGGUUUGCCAACCGACGCAAAGAGAUCAAGAGGAGGGCCAAUAUUGGGUCUUUUUUCCAAGAAGCCACAAUCUUGGAGAGUCACGGGAUAGAUGUGCAGAGUCCCGGAGGACACUCCAACAGCGACGACGUCGACGCUAACGACUACAACGAGCAGGGUUGUGAUGUUACCUAUUUUGAAAAGAGAGGCGUGAACAGACCCUUUGGUUACUACCGUCUGGAGCCCACCUCACCAACACAGGAUGACGCCGGCAAUCACGCAGACCACCAGGACCCCAUCUCUCUCGCCGUGGAGAUGGCAGCUGUCAAUCACAGCAUCCUCGCCCUGUCCCGCCCAGGAGGCGUGGCCAGUGAAAUCAAGACAGAGUCACUGGAUGAUGACUGAGGAAGACCGCUGGACCAAGAGGAUCAAUGAGUGCGUGUGUGGACGUCUGCAGACGUGUUCAUGGAGCAAUGACCAAAUCAGCGCUCUGUCUCAAGCUUUUAGAAUCCAAUAUCGCCUGCCAUCGACACUCCUGCUGAACCACUAAACACACCCAGAGUCAACGACACACACUCUUGACAGGAACUGAUAAGUGGAAGGUCGUUCCACGAUGUUCGGCCAUCACCUGCGGCUCUUAUUUAAGCCUCCCGAACCCUUGCUGACCCAAACCUCGUACCUCAUUCCAGUAACUUGUAUGUUUGGUGUGCUUCCUGUCUGUGUGCUCCAGUGACCCUCAUUCCCACGUUCUCACAGAUAAGCUAAAGGCAGAUGGUUUAGGAGAGAGGCGAGUCUCAGAAAAUUUUCUGCUCUGGAUCCAUGAUCUCCUCCAUUCCCACUACAGAUGCUCUCAGUUAACAGGUUUAAUGUUUCUACUUUACUUUUGUAAGGGAUUUCAUCAAACAGCAAUUGGGUGAAUCUCAUGAAAACUGUCAAGAACACAUUUUACCACAAAAUGAAAGGGAAAUUAAUAUAUUUUGCAUAAAAUAAAUAUUUUAGACUUUUUUGCUGAUUUUAAAGCACAUUUUCCUCUCCAAAAAUGCUGAAAAUAUAUAUUUAGUCUUAUAAUUACUGUAUGCCGACUUAAAAUAAUAAUUAAAAAAAAUAUUAACCCAUAAGAACCCAGACCAAUUUCUACUUAUAGGAAAACUAUGGGGCAUAUAAAACAGACCAAAUGGACCACUUAUAACAUGUUUCUGCAAUUGUUUUUAAAAUACAACCCCUCCUUAUGAAACAUCUGUAAUCUUACAUUGGGCGUUUAUUCCUCAAUUGGCAAAAAAAUGUUAUUUGUUUAUUUGCUUUUCCACAACAUAUUUCAAAACCACAUAACUGUGACCAUUCAAUUUUACAACAACUCUUUUGUAACAUAUCAAAAUUCUAUCUUUUCAGGUAUAUGGUUUAACCAGAAAUUAAUUUUUAGAUUUUUUUUUUUUUUUCCACACAAUUUGAAAAUGUGCAAACUGAAUAAAAAUAAAUAACUACCUCACACUGGAGGUCAACAUGUUAAACAUGCGUGUAGAUUUGUUAAAAUAUGCUUUGAAAUGAGCAGCAGGAUAGAUAUAGAUAUAUAUAUAUAUAUUUAACACUAAAAUAAUUGAAUCAGCUAAAUUAAUUGAGCAGCUCAUUACCAUUUUUCUUAAUGUAACAAAUACGUCACAUCAAAAUUCCACCUAUUUUUAUAAGGUUAAGAGCCCCAUGUGACAUGUCACCACAAUAUCUUUGUAACUUGUUUUAUAUCAAUUUGCUCAAGAAAUGUAUUAAAAUCAGGUUAAGAGUAAUAUGUUAUUAACACAUUAGAAUUGUCGCAUGGGUUGAAACAUACCUUUAGUAACAAAAACAAGCGUUUUAAAAAUGACUGACACUGCAACAUGUGCUAACCAGACAGGACACCAUUUUGGAAAUGUUGCCAUGGCAACAAAACAAAUGCACACAUUGUCACAUGACUGAACCUGGGUGUUCAUUAUAUGUCACUUAGGGACUUCCUGAGUUGAAAGUGAGGGAUAAUGCUUUAAAAAGUCCUUUUCAGAUAGUCACAAGUGUUUGUGACACCCGUGUCACCGUGGGUUCUUAUGGGUUUUAAGACAAUAUUUUGGAGGGAAAAUGUGCAUAAUUGCUACGAUGCCAUGAAAAACAUCUUCAAAAUGCAAAAUAUAAUUUCAUAUUUUCCUUUUGGUUUGUGGAUGAAAUUUAACCUGGCUAUAUAGUGAGAUUUAUCCAAUUGCAUUAUACUGUAUUUUGAUUUGAAUCAUGUUCAAAUGCAGAGGGGGGAUUAAUUAUAGUUGUAGUGAAACUUGAAAGAUGUGGUUACAUAACCGCCAAAGCGCAAGUUAUUCUGCGCAAAAGCUCAAGUCUCCUGGACUCUAAAUGAACCUGCCAAGAGAGACUUCAGUCGGCAGACAGCUAGCUUUCUUUAAUUUUAAACCGUUAAGUGUCCAGCAUUACCCAAAGUGAAUUUGUAUUAAAGCGCUAUUCUUAUGUUUGUAUUUAUUUAGCUUAUGUUUUAUUUACAUGCAAAGAUAUCACACAAAGUGUCAAGACUGAAGCAUUUGCUCUCAUCGUGUUUAGAAUUAAAUACGUCAACGUGAAAUAUCAUUCCACAAAAAUUUUGGCUCAAGUUGCCAGCAGUCAGAAUUAUACCGUGCAAACUCCUACGAAGCUUUAUUAUUAUUAUUAUUAUUAUUGUGAAAUGACAUCAGAAUUUCACAGUGUUAAUUGUUCACGAAAGACUGACUGAUAAAUGUUUGUUCUGCUGCCACAGAGCUUCGAGAGUCUGAACUCUCAUCUAACAUAAGCUUGGUUCCAAAAUGUAGCUUUUUUUUUUUAAUUAAAAAAAGGUUCUAAAAGAACUUUAUUCUCUCGCUGGGCUUCAUUCAUUGAAACAAGCAGAACGAAUGAUUCGUAGAGCCAUUCUUACAUUAAUGAUCACAAACUCAAUGCAACACUUACAUAAAGUGACAAAAUACAUUAGAAUGGAUUUACAAACAGCUAAAAGAAAUCGGUUCUGUCCGUGUCGUGAAUGAAGCCCAGUUUUUUUUUUUAUGUAUCCUUCCUCUAUCUUCCUGUGUACAAUUGAUAUUUAUGAAAUGACAAUUUUUGUUUAAUAAUAAUUCAAGAUUCUUUAUAAUUUGAUUGUUUUACGUUCAGAGCAGUCUCCUGAAGCGUGUCUGAUUCAGAUCAAGCACCCCCUUCACUCAAGAAACUCGCUACUUUGUCACAUUUUUUGUACUAGAAGAUUGUUACAUUUAAACAUUGCAGCGAUACACAUUAAAAAAAGGUCAUUUUCUAAUGCUGUAAAUGUUCAAAUGUCCACGUAUGUGUGUCAUUACAGCCUCUUUGUACACAUGACUCAACGUGCCAAACUGCAGUAUGACGUCGAGUAUUGACAUUUACACGAUCUCAAAGCGACAUACAGAUUCUACGAAUGACUCGUUUUGUUGUCUCAAGUGUUCGAUUCCAGAGCAACGAACGGUUUUAUUCUGUAACGUAACCCUGCUGGUUCAAAGGGGGUGCUUUCCAUUUAGUUCCUCAGAGUGCAUUUUCAUACGUCUAUAAACAAAAAAAAUCUAUAGGCUUAUAAAAGCAACUGUAUAAAUAAACAGAAGACAGUAACUAUGAAUUUAAAGAUUGUUUGAAUCAAAUAAUUCUAUGAUUUCAAAGCAUUCUGUUGUGAAUCAUCUGUAUCUCCCAUUUAAGAAUUUAGUGCCUUUUUUGGACAGUAGACUGUUCUGUAAGUAUACUAUAGUAUAUAUGAACUUUUUGUACAGUUUCUUUGUUUAAAAUGACUUUUUUUAAAACUUGUGUUUAUUUUAGUACUUUAUCUUCUGGAAAAUAAAGGUAUAUUGACGAUCA